AUGAAUUAUUCAAUUCAUUUCGACGCGUAUCGUGAUAUUAACCAGUACCAAUCGUUUCAUCAUACGCAAAAGAAAGCAAUCAAAUCCAAACUGGCAGUGGAGAUCGACAAAUUGACAUCGACACUCUACACAAUGAAUGAUAACGAGAUGCAACCAUGUUUGGCUUUAAUUAAAAAUAAGAGUGAAAUGAUGAAGGAAUUCGUUUACCUUUCCACAUUGGACCCAGACAUUUAG